GCAUUACGUGCAAAUGUUUACUUGCAAAGGUCUCCAGACACUCAACUAAAGCGCCGCACCAUGCAAUUCACAAACACCCACUGCCUUUCUACCAAAAAUCUCUCAUGGACCCCACGUGUCCACCGCUACCGCCUCCAUCCACCAACCUCCGCGGUCAGAUUAUCCCCAAUCUCCGCCGUGGCAGCAGCCCCUCCUAAACCUCCAAAAACCCACUCAAUGCCGGCCGAAAAGCAACAAGUGUUCAAGUCGCUAGAAAACUGGGCCACCGAGAACGUGCUACCAUUACUCAAACCAGUGAAAGAGUGCUGGCAACCCCAGACUUUUUUGCCCGAUCCUGCAUUGCCAUUGGAAGAGUUCAACGACCAAGUGAAGGCCCUGAGAGAACGCACGGGUGAGCUGCCUGACGAGUAUUUUGUGGUGCUGGUCGGGGAUAUGAUUACGGAGGAUGCACUGCCGACGUACCAGACCAUGAUCAAUACGCUGGAUGGGGUGAGGGAUGAGACUGGGGCUAGCUUGAGCCCCUGGGCUAAGUGGACUCGGGCUUGGACUGCGGAGGAGAACAGGCAUGGGGAUUUGUUAAGGACUUAUUUAUAUUUGUCUGGGAGGGUUGAUAUGCUUAUGGUUGAGAGGACUGUGCAGUAUCUGAUUGGAGCUGGCAUGGAUCCUGCAACAGAGAACAACCCAUACUUGGGCUUCGUGUACACCUCUUUCCAAGAGCGAGCCACGUUCGUAUGCCACGGUAACACAGCUCGGUUAGCCAAGGAAGGUGGGGACCCUGUCCUCGCACGCAUCUGCGGCACCAUUGCAGCGGACGAGAAACGCCAUGAGCUCGCCUACUCCAAGAUCGUAGAAAAGCUACUCGAGGUUGACCCAACGGGGGCAAUGCUGGCAAUCUCUGACAUGAUGAAGAAAAGAAUAACAAUGCCAGCUCACUUGAUGUUCGACGGCCAGGACCCGAGGCUGUUUGAGCACUUCUCAGCCGUGGCACAGCGGAUGGGGGUGUAUACGGCCGAUGAUUAUGCUGACAUAUUGGAGGCUUUGAUCCAAAGGUGGAGAUUGGAGAAGUUGGAGGGGUUGACGGGUGAAGGGAGGCGUGCGCAGGAUUUUGUGUGUGGGUUAGCGCCUAGGAUUAGGAAGUUACAAGAGCGAGCCGACGAGCGGGCCAAGAAGAUGGAGCUUCACGGGGUGAAGUUUAGUUGGAUUUUCAAUAAGGAGGUUACGUUGUAGAAAAAUGAAGGAGGCAAGGCGGCUUGUGCCUUUUUUUUUUGGGUCAAAAUAGGAAAAAUGAAAUCACCUGCUUUCUUUUUCUUUCA